GCGUCGUUCACGCAGCUGGAAGGUGUGUGUCUUUUUACCACUUUACCCGGGCACGCAUGUAACCGCGAAACACAUCGCUGAGUUCAUCGGCAUCUACUCCAAAAACACUCGUGAAUUAUCACACCUCGUCCUCCAGUUCAUUUUGUUUUCUCCCUAAUCCACAAGUUUUUGGCCUUCAAAUGUCAAGUCACGAGGACACGCCUCUCGAGAAUGACUGAAGAGUACACGAGCAAGACAUGCACCGGCUGCGGGACAAUAAAACACACAAUGUUUCUGACCGACCGCAUCUUCCACUGUGUUUCGUGCAACCUGUUUGUCCACCGCGACGUCAACGGCGCGCACGCAACAUCCUCAUCAUGUGUCUUGUCGCAUCUCAAUAGACAAACACACACAAGGAGUGCGUUCAUGCUCCUCUAAAAUCACUACCUCUGUUCUUAGUUAAUUCUUUGUUUAUCAUUCUUAUUUUAAACUAAUACAGAAGGGAAGAGAGAGAACGGAAAAAGCGAGCUGGCAUAACACGGUUUAUUAGCACAGAGAAUGGUACAGCAUGAUCAAUCCUUUGCAGGCACAGAGUCACCACG